UGGCAGAGGGAUAGAAAGGUCUGAUACCUAAACUAAGAGAACCUUGGUAAACGGGAUAGCGCACCAAGAGAGCAGACAGUUCGAGCUAUUGAGACGGCGUUAUAUUUUCCCGUCUAUAUCCAAUCACUGAAAGGCGGAAAGAAUUGUUCUCUCGUAUUAGCCAGUUUCUGCAAGUUUCCAGAUUUCAGAACUUUACCGCAGUCAUGUCGUCUCUGGCAGUGAAGGAAAAGACCACAGUCCGCCUGGUGUUCUUCGGUGCGGCAGGGGUUGGAAAGACGGCGCUGAUCCAGAGAUUUCUACAAGACAGGUUUGAAAACAAGUAUACACGUACAGUUGAAGAGCUGCACAGCAGAGAAUACAACACUGACGGAGCAAAAAUCCGUAUCGAGAUCAUGGACACGAGCGGCAGCUACUCCUUCCCGGCCAUGCGAAAGCUAUGCAUCCUUAACAGUGAUGCUUUCGCCUUGGUCUAUUCUAUAGAUGAUCCAGAGUCCUUCGAGGAGGUGCAGAGGCUGCGAGAAGAGAUUCUAGAACUAAAGGGUGAAAAGUUCGCUCCUAUCACAGUGGUGGGCAAUAAAAUUGACUUGGAGAACCAGAGACUGCUGGCUACAGGCGAGAUAAUGCCAAUUGUCGAGCUGGAUUGGAACGCCAGCUUUGUUGAGGCAUCUGCAAAGAGCAGCGAAAACGUGAUGGGGGUGUUCCAGGAGCUGCUGCAGCAGGUCAAUCUGCCCAGUCGCCUUAGCCCUGCACUGCGGAGACGUAGAGAGACCAUUCCGAAGGACAAUGUUGGAGUCAGGAAAAAGCCGCCGAUGAAAAAAACCAAUAGCUGCAUUCUGUCAUAAUUGGACUCAUAAUGCAAAUAUGACAUCAUUUCUGUAUCUGCGCAUCUAUCUUGAGCUCUGUGCAGCCUGAGCUUCGUGAAGUUGAAACUGAAGCUGGAGAAGCAGGACAGUCGCGGCCAGGAGAUGGAGAAAGAAAAAGGUGACUUGAGGUGCACCUGUUGCACAUGCAAUGCUGUGCGCCUGAAAACAAAUCGAAUUUGGACUGGGUGUUUGAGUAGUAGCCGAAAUGGUGCUCUCCGAGGAACAGAAAAGACAAUAAAAUUGCCUUUUUAACUCCAAAUUGGAGUAAUCAUGGUGAUUCUUGAAUGAGAAGAUAAAAAUGUACAGUGAUUCAUUCACAUGAUACUGACUGUAUAGAGUUAAACUUAAAAAGUGCAAUAAAGGCAUCAGACUCUUA